AUGGAUCCAGUUAACGUGCUGCAGCCCGUCAGGGACGCCGAGUUCUACUUCGAAUAUAUUGUUUUUCUUGUCGAGGGCACCCUCUUUAAGGUCACUCGUCGUAACCUCGAGAGCGAUUCCGAGGUUUUUCGUGAUAUGUUCGCGAUGCCCGUCUCAGGAAAUGCCACUGCAGACGGCUCUGACGACGAGCAUCCUUUGCGUCUCGAGGGAGUAGCAAAGGAGGACUUCGCCCAGUUGCUGCGAGUUAUUUAUCCCAAGUAUUACGAACAGAGCGAGCAAUUGACGAGUGAAGAGUGGAUUUCAGUCCUCAAGCUCUCCAGCAUGUGGAACUUCGAACGUAUCCGAACAACAGCCAUCCGAAACUUGUCACACAACAUGCAGGGUGAUCCUGUUGGGAGGCUGGUGUUGUCGAAGAAGUAUGCCAUCGGAGAAUGGAUGGUACCUGCGCUGAACGCACUCGCUCGCCGGACACAACCACUACAAAGAGCCGAUGUGGAUGCAAUUGGUUUGGACGAUGCACUGAAGCUGGCAGAAGUGCGUGAGGUUUUCCGGGGUUCGAAUAGCACCUGUUACUGUACAUGCACCAAAUGUGCCGCACAACACGGAUAUGGAACCAGACAACCAGCCGACAGAGAGAACUAUGACUUCACUCGGGAAAUCUUGCAGAUCUUUGAUUUACAGUCCGCCCCCCUUGUUCCUGUGUACGCUUUACGUUAUUAA